GAAGCUCACGUGAUCGUCGGCUCACAUCACAUGACGGAGACAUAAGUGGGAAGCCCGGAACCGCAAACAUACACAAACACCGAUCGCCUAGCUUCAGUUUAAAGUUUGAUUUCUGCCGCACGCACAGAAGAAUAACAUGCUCCGGGGAAUGCUAUGAACCGAUCUUAUACGUAUAUAACACAGUGACUUGACGAACGGGAGUCUAACAUGGGGAUCCUCGCCAACCUGAGUCUAUUACUCCCUUUCCUGCAGGUUUGCUGUGGUGUGGGGUCUCAUUUCAACAAAAAGCUGAAGUUGCAGUCUUUUCCCCUGCUCAGUCCGCUGGUGGUCGAGGAGCAGUUGUUGUGGGUGAGUAAUGCAACCGCGGGGGUCAACACGUUUCGCAUCCCCCUGCUCACCUUCACGCCGAAGGGGAGCCUGCUGGCCUUCUGCGAGGCCAGGAAGUUCUCCUACAGCGACACGGAAGCCAAGUUCUUCGCCGUGAAGAGAUCCGUAGACAAGGGCUCCACCUGGUCCCCCAUGUCCUUCAUCCUGGACGACGGCCCGCAGGUGGACGGUCUGAACCUCGGCGUGGUGGUGGUGGACGAGAAGGCCCAGUCGGUCAUACUGGUGUACACCGUCUGCUUCCACCAAUACAAGUGCAGCACGUCCAGCGUGAUGAUGGUGGAGAGCCUGGACGACGGCCUCUCCUGGACCCGGCCCCGCAACCUCUCCGAGCAGCUCGGGGUGAAGAGCUUCGCCCCCGGGCCCGGGUUAGGUCUCCAGAAGCGCCACGCCCCUCACAAGGACCGGCUGGUGGUGUGCGGACACGGGACCCUGAAGGGCGACGGGGUCUUCUGCAUCCUGAGCGACGACAGCGGGAAGACCUGGCGCAACGGCGCCGCGCUGAAGAGCGUCCCCUACAACCAGCCCAAGCAAGCGCUGGACUUCAACCCCGACGAGUGCCAGCCCGUGGAGCUGAGCGACGGCAGCAUCCUGGUGAACGUGAGGAACCAGAACCAAUACCACUGCCACUGUCGCAUGGUGGUCCGCAGUCUGGACGGGGGGGAGACCCUGCCCGUGGAGGAGCUCUUCUUCGACAAGAACCUCAUCGACCCCGCGGUGGCGGCGGGCAUGCUGGAGAAAGAGGGGAGGGUGUUCUUCACCAACCCGGCCCACCCUGAGAAGAGGGUGAACUUCACCCUGCGAUGGUCGCUGACCAACGGCCAAUCCUGGGAGAAGGAUAUGCUCCAGCUAUGGCCGGGUCCCAGCGGCUAUUCCUGCAUGACCACGCUGAACGGCACCACGGAGGACAGGAAAUUCAUCUUCAUCCUCUACGAGCGAGGCAAACGAGACUCUGUGGAGACUGUGGCGUUCGCCAAGGUUGACAUCUACGGGGGUCUCUAGAGGCAGGGAGGUGCAGAGGCAGGGAGGAUAUCCAUGGACAGUACGGGAGGGUCGUGAGGGCACGUUGUUGUUUGGUAUUCAUUGAGAUUUUUUUUAAUGGAGGUCAGUUGUCGCACACUCGCGAUCCAAGCCCUUGUCCUGGACCCGAAGAUAAAAAUAAAAAUAUAGAAAUAAAUGUUUUCACUCAGAUAAAAAAAUAAGCUAAAUAAAGCUAUUAUCAUUGUUUCAGGAAAUUUUUAAAUAGUUGCUUUUUUUUAUCAGACGUUCUCACACCGAAAAAUUCACAUAGGUUGGAUGCACAAUAUGAACACCUAUCAUGUUAUUGUCUUAACUUAAUAACAGAUUUUAAGGGAGCCUUCGUUGAGUUCAUAAAAAUGGAAGAUUGUUGGCGUGAUUCAUUUGGAAGAUGGAGGGAAAGGGACAAGUCUGACUGUGAAUUGAUCAUUAUUUUCCAUAGGGGGGCUGCGUGCCUGGUUACAAAUGGGUUUGUAUGUAGUCAGUCAUUCUAGAUUUUAUCUCAGCCGCUGGUUGAUAAGGAAGGAAUGGCUUGCUUAUGCAUAUGUCUGCGUUUGAUUCAUGUCAAAUAUUUGUAACAUAUUCUGCUGAUGUCAAUUAUUCUUAACUUUUUUUAUUGCACUGGAGGCUAAUCAUUGGAAUGUGCAUUUGCUAAAUCAAUUCAUGACACAAUACAUUCUUGUUUGUUGAUUUGUAGUCAGAAUUUUGGACUGUUUUUCACUACCAUAUUUAUCAGUUUUCUUUCACCUAUACAGUUGCUUGUACAUGUGUGUGGAUAUCGCUUUUUUAUAGAAUAGGACAACAUGCAGAAAUGUGUUCACAAAUGCGUGAGAUGAGAAUAACUUCCAAACCCCAGUUUUGUACAUUAAAUAAAUACAAUUAAGAAUAAUCCAUUAUUUGUAUGACUUUAAACAGCAAGCUUUGCAGUAGUCCUACCUAAUGAUGGCUUUUUUUUUAUUUAUACAAUACAACAUGAUUGAUAGCACAAUUUGAAGAAGAUGGGAACACAAAUGUAUCUCAAUUCUGUAUUUGUAAGCUUUUUGGCCAAGUGCAGGAUGCACUUUUGCCAUGGUUAUAAUGUUAAUAUGAAUAAUUUAAAUUGGAGAUGGAUAUACUUUUUAAAUAAAUAAAGACUAUAUUCAAAACGUU